GGACUUGCAACAUGGGCUGGGCUGGGCCCAUUUCCUCGCUUCUCUCCAGCAAGUGGCCGAUGAUGACGCCGCCGGCAGGCAGCGGCCCCUAGGAGGUAGGCGAUGCCGGAGGAGGAAACUAGCGGGGUGCGGCGGUGGCUCGUCGACAUCGCUCGCUGGCGCCCCUCCCCCGCCCAAUUCGAUGCUGCAGCCGCCCUCCUUCCGCCGCACGACCGCCCUGCCAUCUACAGGUUUGUGAAACAAGAUGACAGGAAGCGGGCGCUCGUCAGUCGCCUGCUGCAGUACUCGCUCGGGCGCCACGUCCUCCUCAUUCCUUUUCGCCAGAUCAACAUAUGCCGCACGCCUGAGGGGAAACUGUACCUGAAAAAUUGUUCAGCUUUCCCAAACUUCAACUUCAACACCUCGCAUCAGGGAGACUACGUCGGCAUAGCUUCUGAGCCGCUUUGCCUUGUUGGCCUGGACAUUGUAUCAGUCUCCAAGCCCCAGGGAGAAACCACCACCGAGUUCAUCAGUAACUUCUCUUCAUACCUCACUGAACAUGAGUGGGACUGCAUUGUUCGAGAUGGCACUCCCGCUCAAGUGCUGAUGGAGUUCUACAGGUACUGGUGUCUUAAAGAAGCUUAUGUUAAAGCAAUAGGUGCUGGCCUUGGAUUUGGGUUGCAUAGCAGUGGCGGAGCCCUGUAGGGGCCAUACUGGGCUCCGGGCCCCCCUUGCCUCCCAAAAAUUUCUAAACACAUCAUGUUUUGCAGCCCAACUUAUUCAGCCCAGUACCACGUUAGCCCAUGAGCCAUGACCUAUUGACCUGUAGCCUCAACCAGAAGCCAACUCAACUCAACGUCGACUCCUCGUAUCCUCAGUCAGACCUCAACCAUCGUACCGUCAAACUACUGUCAACGGCGGCGGCCGGCGAUCGGCCAAUGCCUCUGGUCCUCCGCAUCCAUUACGGUUGAUUCGUCGUCUCCACUCGCCACUUUGCGAGGAGCAGGGCCAGCGCUCAAGCUCACCGCCUCGACGGCCGCGAGCUCUCAAUCUUAUCGAUCAGGCCAUCACACUGGGUCUGCCUACAGGUAUUCUUUUGUUCCUCUAUUUUUCUCCCAAUUUCAUAGAUACCUACACAAGGGACGGCGGAAGGAUAACUACCUCUCCUCCUUCCCGCCAUUCCCUCCCUACCUGUGUUUUAACUGCUAAACAAUUUCUCGUUCUGAAAUGCAAAAUUUUCACAAACAAGUCCGUCUCCAAACUAAUUAAGCAAAAAAAAAAAGAACUUCCAUCUCUCGUCCGUUCAUGUCUGUGGCUGCCU